GUUUUAAUUAGCUUAUCUUUCACAUAGAUUAGGUUUUCUUUGUUGUUCCUGCGUCACUGUUAUAACCAUGACGAAGAAGAAGCCAGUGAAGGUAUACGGGAAGGCGAAGCAUGCUUUAGAUAUUAAUAGAGGUGGGCGCGGAACUAAAGCCGGUCGCAGCGCCGCCACUGUGCGUCGGGUAAAGAUGUACAACAAUAGGCCUAAGCGUGAUAGGAAGGGGAAAGUAUUAAAACACGAAUUGCAAUCCAAGGAACUUCCCUCAACUCGGAUUCAACCAGAUGAACGAUAUUUCGGUGGGUUCCUCAUUCCCGUCCAACUCUGAGCUUCUAUGCGACUCCGGAUACGUGUUUAUAUUGCUUGCCGUUCUAAUUUAUGGAUAUUUUCUUUGCGGCAAUUCACGAGUAAUAGAUCAGAAACAGCUUCAAAUCUUCCGUGAGGCAUUGCAUAACCGGAUAUCUUGCAGCUACAAUGUAAUUUCGAAGGACACAAAAUUGCCUGUGUCUCUUUUAAAUGAUCAUCAAAAGGGAUGGGAACAUAAUGGCAUGACAGCUUCAAAGAUGGUAUUUCAUGCCGGUCAGAGGAAAGAUAGCGACUGUGGUAGCAUCCAACAAAACAGAAAAAGACGCAGCAGAGGAGCAAAAAGACGUCGUCCAGUAGGAAAAAGCAGGUGAGGCAGGAGUCAUUCCUGUUCAAAUGGAUCUGUGCCGUGAGAGUGAGUUGCUGUGAGAGUAGAAACCCACAAGCUUCAUGAGAGUGGAUGAAUCCUGCUUUGGUCAUGUCAGUCUUUGGAUUUGUUCAAGUUCAGCUCAAGUUUUGAUCUUUCAAAUUCCAUUAAUUCAUUUCUGCAAUUCUUGUUUAUUCUUAUUCGAACCAAUUGAAGUUUCUUAAUUCUUAUUCUUGUAUAUUGUCGGAAGUAGUUUUUAAUAUGUGAAGUUUCUGCUUACCAUUCUUUUGUGUGGCCUUCUAGUACUUCUCAAAGUCACCUUUCCUCUCAAUGGUAGGACUAAACAUAGGGGUGGACUCGGGCCGGGCCAACCGGCCCGGAACCGGACCGGCCCGCUACUGUACGGGCCCGACCCGGCCCGCUACUGUGUGGGCCCGGCCCGGCCCGGUAAACCAGUUGGUUGGCCGGUUCGGGCCACCCGGCCCGGUGGGAUCUCGGUUUGGGCUCGGGCCCUUCAAAAGGUGAGCCGGCCCGGCCGGUUCGGGCCCGGGCCGGGCCAAUUUUAAUUUUUUUUUUUGAUUUUUUUUAAGUUUUUGGGUUGGGCUGGGUAUUUUGGG